AUGGACACUUCAGCAGCAGCCAUUGAGUGGACGCUAUCAGAACUCUUAAAGCAUCCAGAGGUGAUGAAGAAGGUCCAAAAUGAGUUAGCAAAAGUGGUGGGUAUGGACAGAAUGGUUGAAGAAUCAGACCUAGAGAGCCUCGAAUAUCUUAACAUGGUAAUUAAAGAGACCCUUCGGCUCCAUCCGGUGGCACCACUUUUAAUCCCCCACCAAGCCAUGGAUGAAUGCAUGGUGAAUGGCUUCUUCAUCCCUAAAAAUUCACAAGUGCUCAUAAAUGCAUUCGCAAUUGGGCGAGACCAACAUGCAUGGACUGAUGCAGAUAAAUUCAUACCAGAGAGAUUUGCAGGAACAAACAUUGACAUAAGAGGACAUGAUUUCCAACUCAUCCCCUUUGGAUCGGGCAGAAGGAGUUGCCCUGGGAUUCAAUUGGGACUAAUUGUUGUUCGGUUGUUAGUGGCACAGUUAAUGCAUUGUUUCCAUUGGAAGCUUCCAAGUGAUAUGUUGCCAAGUGAAUUAGACAUGACUGAGGAGUUUGGCAUUGUGGUUUCCAGGGCUAACCUUCUCUAUGCUCUUCCAAGUCUUCGUCUUCACAAAUAA